GCGGUGCUGCGGGGUCGCGCGUCAUGGCUGCUCGCCGAGCGCUGCACUUCGUGUUCAAAGUGGGAAACCGCUUCCAGACGGCGCGCUUCUACCGUGAUGUGCUGGGCAUGAAGAUUCUGCGGCACGAGGAAUUUGAAGAAGGCUGCAAAGCUGCCUGUAAUGGACCCUACGAUGGCAAGUGGAGUAAAACGAUGGUGGGAUUUGGGCCUGAAGAUGAUCAUUUUGUUGCAGAACUGACUUACAAUUAUGGCAUUGGCGACUACAAGCUGGGCAAUGACUUCAUGGGUAUCACGCUCGUUUCCAGCCAAGCUGUCAGCAAUGCCAGAGAGCUGCAGUGGCCCCUUGUUGAAGUGACAGACGGCGUGUUUGAGACAGAGGCCCCCGGCGGAUAUAAGUUCUAUCUGCAGAACCAGAGUUCGACGCGGUCAGAUCCUGUAUUAAAAGUAACCUUAGCAGUUUCUGAUCUUCAGAGGUCCUUGAAUUACUGGUCUAAUCUCCUGGGAAUGAAAGUUUAUGAAAAAGAUGAAGAAAAGAAAAGGGCUUUACUGGGAUAUGCUGAUAAUCAGUGUAAACUGGAGCUUCAGGGCAUCCAGGGUACUGUGGAUCAUGCAGCAGCUUUCGGGAGGAUCGCUUUUUCUUGCCCUCAGAAAGAGUUGCCAGACUUAGAAAACUUGAUGAAAAGGGAGAACCAGAAGAUCCUGACUCCCCUCGUGAGUCUGGAUACCCCAGGGAAAGCAACAGUCCAAGUGGUCAUCCUGGCCGACCCCGAUGGACAUGAAAUUUGCUUUGUGGGGGAUGAAGCCUUUCGAGAACUCUCCAAGAUGGAUCCAGAGGGAAGCAAAUUACUGGAUGAGGCAAUGGCAGCAGAUAAAAGUGAUGAAUGGUUUGCUAAACAUAAUAAGCCAAAGGCUUCCGGCUAACAGAAGACCCCCGUGUGGGAUGAGCAUUUGUGAUUCCUGUGUAAUGCUUAAGGAGGCCUGUGGUGCCCCAUAUAAUGCCCUCACAUCAUAUAGGUUGUUCCCUAUACAGGCAAGAAGGCAGGGGUGGCAAAGCAUCAUGUAGUUCAUCUCUGAAGACUAUGUUUAGAAGUAAAUCCUUCAGGUGUUGGAGCAUUGUAUGAUCAAAACUGAAUCCUGCACAACUUUGUAACUGUAUAUCACGGUGUUUAAACUUAAAAAAAAUUACAUAAAAAUAGAAGUAAUUCCUUCAGAAGCAUUCCAAGGAGAAGGCUUCCUCUAAUCUUCACUGUCAGUUGAAUCACAUUGUAAUCACAUUGUAACUAUAUCCAAUUAUUGAUUUUCCAGUCUUCUGUAUGUUCCACCUGGGGCAGAGAUGCAGAACACUAUCUUUGGUUGAGGAUUCAGGGGUUUCCUAUAAGAUUAUAGAUAUUUUUAAUAAACACAAACUGCUUAAAACAGA